CGCUGCGGGGUCGGGGGAAGGCCACGCUCUCCGGCUGGAAUGGUCAGAGCCUGUCUCCGGAGGCCGCUCUAUGAUCUCAGGCUAGGCUCAAGGAUACAGUGUAACUGAAGACAGAAGAGACAUCUCAGCCCACAGGAAAAUACCGGGGAAUGAGGGCGAUGGGCUACCCUGGGGGAGAGGAGUCUCAGAGGACGUGACAUCAGGAUGCAGUCUAGAUGAGCCAUCAUGGAGAGGUCAAGAAGAUCGACCAAGUAGGUGGAGGUGGAGAUGAUGAAGCAGAACCAGCAAAGGAGCUGGGAAGGAGCAGCCAGAGAGGUGGGAGAAAACUGAGAGAGUGUGGGGACUUGGGAGCCAAGGGGAACAAGCAUCAACUGCUGCACUGGCAAGGAGGCCACCAUGGUGCUGCUCAGGCUCUUGGUGCUCCUUUUUGCUCUGGUUGUCUCUGACCUCCAGAGCCUGCCCUGGUUUAUAAAUGUCUCCGAGAGCCAGGGCCCUGGCACCAUCCUUCAGUCUUUCUCCUUCAACUGCUCCUCCCACACGCCCACCCUGGAGUUGCUCGAUGUGCAGCCAGCUACCACCUUCUUCAACCGACCCAGCUUGGCCAGGUGGCAAGGGAUCUACGUGGGCAAGGUGACCUUGAGCAGCUCCGCUCGGCUGGAUGCCCUGAUGGUGAACCACUAUGAGCUGCAGCUUCGGUUCACCUGUGGCAACCAUGUGAUGGAGGGACCCCUCUUUGUGGAUGUGCAGCGGGACCCUGGCCAUAUCCAGUGUGCUGGUCAAUUUGCCAGCCCAGCUGGGGAAAUGAUUCAGGUGCCGGAGACAGUCACACCUGGUGCCCGGCUGUACACUCUGCUGCUCCCAGGCCUAGAAUCCCAGGGAGCCCAGAUGAGCAUUAUCAGUGUCCAGGACCCUCCAUACUUCCCUGGACCUUUCUCCAUCAAUGAGCAAGGUUGGCUGCAGGCACCAUCCCAGGGCCUCAAAGGCCAAGCUGAAAAGGUCUUCCAGCUGCAGAUCUCAGUGUCCUUUGGACAAGGCCAAAGCUGUCAGGGGAUGGUGAUGGUGAAGGUUUUGCCUGUUCUCUCUAGCCAGGUCUCCUUCCUGGAGGAGGCCCAGAAUAUCACCAUCCCUGAGAACCUGGUCCCUGGGAGCAAGGUGGCUCAGGUCCACGCCCGGGGCUUUGACUUGCGCUAUGAAAUCCUCUCCCCGAUGCCCAGCCCAUUCUUCUCCAUUGGACAAGCAGAUGGCGUGGUCCGGACUACCGCGCCACUGGGGUUGGCUCGCACUCCAGGCAUGGUGGCCACCAGGCUGCAGGUGAAGGCCUUUGAGCGGCUCCGGCCAUGGGCCAGCGCCGAGCUCGACCUUACGGUGAAUGUGCAGCUGGUCAACCAGUGGCCCCCGCGCUGCCUCCCAGCGCUCCUGAUGUCUCAGGUCCCUGAGACUGUGCCUGUGGGCACUGUGCUGCAUACCCUCACUUGCACUGAUCCGGACUCUGCUGGCACCACCCUCGACUACCAGCUGUUGUUCCACAGUCCUCCUAACCCCAACAGCCUCUGCCUUCAUGACAGAGUCCUUGAGGUGAAUGCCACACUGGACUGUGAUACUCCUGGAGCCUGCUUCCAGUAUGCAGCCUCCAUCUUGGUGCUUGAUGGUGGUCAGCCCCAGAUGACCACUGAGGUGCCAGUACUGGUGAUGGUGACACCCGUCAAUGAGUUCUCCCCAGUGUGUGCCCCACGCACAUUCUGGGUUCGGGAGGAUGCAGAGCCCCACACCAUAGGCUCUGUGGUGGGCACGGAUGUGGAUUACCCGCAUGACAGCGUUGAGUACUACACUUCUGGUUGGCCUGCCAUCUUUGCUGUGGACCGUCUCAGCGGGGAGGUUCAUCUCCUGGGGCCUUUGGACUAUGAGCAACAGAGGCUGUACAGGCUCACUGUCCUGCUGAUUGAUCAUGGCCAAGACUGGGACCCCACCUGUCACCGCUCAGGCUCUUGUACCAUUACCAUUGAAGUUGAGGAUGUGAAUGACUAUGCCCCCGAGUGUGAGCCCUCAUUUCAGGAACUCACCAUCUACACUUCUCUGGGCCAAAGUGUGGAAGUGACCAAGGUGUCAUGCCGGAUCCCCCAGGAGCCACAGCGCCUAGCCUUCUCCUAUGACAUUGUGGGAGGGAACAGCCAGAGCCGAUUCAGCCUGCAAGGGGCCAUCCUGGUGCACAAUGACCCUGCGUUGGGGUCCCCCUGGCCAGAGCAUCCCCGUACCUACGAACUAUUGAUUCGUGUGGCAGAUGCAGGCCCCUCCAUCUCCCACCUCAGCACCACAGCCACCAUCAUUGUGCAUCUAGUUCCCUGGAAAGCCAGCACAGUGGCCACCAGCACCCAUAGAGCCACAGUGAGAACACUCCUCAGGCCCUUAGGGGUGGGGAGAGGAACUUGGAGGGUGCCCUCCAUAAUACCCCUGCUUGUGACAGACACAGAAGCUUUCUGGCAGCCAGAGCCCUGGUUUGUGGUGGUGCUGACAGCUACUGGUGCCCUUCUCCUCUUGGCUCUGAGCUGGCUCCUCUGCAAACUCCUUCAGGGGUUGGCCCAGUUGCUGCAGGAACCAAGCAAACCAGCCCAGGCUCUGCUGCUAAACAGCAUCCAGGAAACUGAGGGGCCGAUUGAGGGGUUUGUGGAGGUACCGAGGAUGGAGAGAUCCCAGGCAUCCAGCAGCAUCAUAAGCCUGCAACAUUUUGAUGGCAGAGCGCAAGACUCCCGUACAGGAAGAGACUACCUAUUCAACACGCGCACAGGAACCCGGCGCUGGCUCUAAGGCCAAGCAGCUGCUUCGCUCUGUGUGGAAUUUCUUUUUCACAUGAUCAUGGACUGUGUUUUCAAGUUGAUUCAAUAAUAAAAAAAAUACAAACAGAAAAGUCCCAGCCUUGUAAC